AUGACUUGGAUAACUGAAGAGUUUCCCGCCAAAAAGAGAGGGGAUAAAGAAGUGGCAAUAUAAACCCUAAUCUGGUAAUCAUCUUCUUUCUCGUACCUCUUUCACUCCUCAAAACCAACCAGAUGAUUAAACAAACAUCCAGGACAAACAUCAAACCUGGAAGUACCAACCGCAAAUCCAUAUAGGUCUUGACACAGUGGAUUACCAACUCGCUAUCAGGAAGCUUAUUCUGCUCGAAGACUAGAGAUUGGUAACGGCCAAAAUCAAUCUGAGACUGCUGGAUGUACUUGAGCAUCACCGUGGAAUUCACCUUCUAUAAUUUUCUGAAAUCCAAAUUUCAAGCAAGAGGAAUACCUUCGGUUGCAUUCCAAAGCUCUGCCGUAACUAAGGAGGCAGUGCCAAGAUUGAAUACAAAUCCACCAUUUAUCGUGAUACUCCCUUACCAAAGCUCCAGCAUCUGCUCUGUCUGAGUUACUCGCGGGGAAGCCCAACCAGUCGAUUCUUCUUUGAGGCGCGUCCGCUUGCCCAAUCCAUCUACUCAGUGAAUGGCGCCAUCGGCAAAUGAUACUGCCGAUUCUUCACCUCUCUCGACCACUGACACCACCGAUAACAAUCUCCAGCCAUUUUUCAUUCUUCACAAAGCGUCAUCUAAGAAGUCAGAGGGAAAAUCAACUGGAACUGCAAGAACCAGGAGAAGAAUUGAUUUGUCUCCACGGGUGCAUUUGAUUUCUGGGAAAUUGGAAGGCAAGAAGGAAGAGGAAUGUGUUGAUAAUUAUGAUGUAAAACUGCGAAAGGAGACUUUUCAGAUUGUCUGGUCAAAGAUUGAGUCAACAAUUAAGGAUGUUUUAAGGCAAAUGAAUGCUAAAGUCUUCACGGAAAUCCUUCAUUGGGUUCGUGAAUCAUUCAAUACUAUUCGAUCAUGUGGAACACCCAGUUUUCCCGAAGCAACUCAGUCUUUCCCCAUUGUAAUUGAUGCUACUUCUACACAAUUAUUUGCUGGGCUAGUUCUUACUAAGAAUAUGGAGUUUGUUGAUGAUCUACUGACAUUCGAAGAGCUCGGGAUACAUUUGAAGUCUCAAGGAUGCCAUGUAGCUAACCUUUCAUCAUCAGAUUUUUCAACCAAACAUGGGAUUGGUGGUUGUCUUAGAAGUUUAAUGAGACAACUCUUGUCAGUUACACUUGAGGCUGCUGAUAUAGCCGUCUUAGCAUCAUGGUACAGGGAAAAAGCAAAUAAUGAUAAUCCAGUUGUUAUAAUUAUUGAUGAUGUUGAGAGAUGUUGUGGGCCUGUCUUAUCUGAACUGAUCCUUAUGUUGAGUGAGUGGGCAGUCAAAAUACCUGCCAUUUUAAUAUUGGGGGUUGCUACGACACUUGAUGCUCUAAGAAACAUACUUCCUGCAAGUUCAUUACAGCGUCUAUCACCUUACAAGUUCACUUUAGGAACCCCAGCUGAGAGAAUGGAUGCAGUUGUUGAGACGGUUCUUGUUAAGCAUUCUUGUGGUUUCAGAAUUAGCUGCAAGGUUGCCCUAUUUAUGAGAAACUACUUUGUCAGCCAAGAUGGAACUUUGACAUCUUUUAUCAGAGCUCUUAAGUUGGCAUGUGCUCAACAUUUAUCCACAGAACCUCUAAGUUUUUUACUUGGAGAGUUUCUUCUAGAAGAGAGCAGACAGGUCACACUAGAUGAGAAGUAUGGAUUGGUAGCAGAGAUGAUGUUAAAGCGUGCUUUUGAUUUUCCUUCUUCUAAGAGGAAUGAAAAGACCAAAGGGACUAGUGAAGAUCUAGCUCGUGGUUUGUCAGAAUUGAAGAGACUGCAGAUUUAUUGGGGUAUUGCAGUUCUGUUCCUAUUUGAAGCUGGAAGGGGCGAUCAGUUUCGAUUGUUGGAUUUAAUUUGUGAGGCACUUGAUCCAGAAUCAUAUCACUCAAGAACUUCUGACACUAAUCCAGGAUUGCAGAAAGAUAAUGGUGUCUCUCCUUCAAGUGCUUCCUUAAAUCAACCAUAUCCUGGGUUGCAAAAUGGUGGUUUUAUCAGUCAGAUACUAUGCAAAUUGAGGGAUCUUUCAGGAAGGCAGCUCUUUAAUUUGUUUAAGAGAUGGGAGAAUCUCAGUUUUUGAAGUUGUCGAGAUCCACAAUAAAGUGAAGGAAUUGCAGUCUUUGCUGAAAUCUGAAGAUGGACUGAGUUUGGAACAGGAGGCGACUAACAAACCCAAGAGGCAUGCAUCUCAGAAGCAUGUAAGCAUGGAGAAGGACUCUAAAGUAGUUAACGAGAAGGCUUCUACUUUAAUAAAGAGCAUGUUAAGGCUUUAAUUGGAGAUCCGAGAAGAAGGAUUCAUGUAGAUCUUCUGGAAUUCCACAAAAUCCUCCGAUGUACCUGCUGCUGUAGAGGGGCCAGUAAUCUAUUGCCAUCAAUG